AUGGCUUCUCAAAAAAGUAUUGAUCCUAGUGGACCUAGCAAUACUGAUCCUAGCAUUGACAUAAAUGACCAACAAAUUCAACAAGAAGCAAAUCAAAUAAUGAGGGGAUUGACAUUGAUGAGCGAGGUGAAUAAGAAAAGGGGUACUGGACAAAAAUAUGAGCUUCAAUGGAAUUACAAAGGUCAACUUAUUAAGACUAAUAGAAAUAAAUUUAUCAGCUACAUAGGAGUUGUGCUAAAGGCAAAUGUGCCCAUUACAAUCAAGAGUUGGAACGAUGUUGAGAUAGAGAAAAGUGGCCUAGCUGAUGAUGGAGAUGUCUUAGACAAGGCACUAGGUAAUCCUGAACACUUUGGUCAGGGCAAGAAUAUAUGUGAGUUGUUGGCACAUAGCCUGAAUCGUCACGUGGUUGCUAUUGGUCGAGUCUUCAAUAUUCCUGGAGACACAUUACAUAAUAUGCCAUUCCUUACAUCCUAUGUACGAGUUGCUAUUGAUGUGCCUAAAGAUCUCAACUAUCUAUUACUUAUUCCCACCGAGGAUGCAGGGAUUGUAGGAGAGGCGAUGGGAGAGGCAAAAUACCAAUACCUAAACUUAUGUGUGCCUCUUUACAAAUAUGCACUGGAAGGCAAUUGGGCAGCAGCUGAGCCUAUACUGUUAAGUUAUAAUGGAAUGCUUUUGAAAGCUGCCAUAGCAAAGCAACACUUAACUGUGCUUCAUGUUGCUACUGGAGCAGGCCAUGUUAACUUUGUAAAGAAGCUUGUGAACUUAAUGCAUGAGAAUGACUUGGCUUUGCAAGACUACAACGGCAACACUGCCUUUACUAUCGCGGCUUCCAUGGGAAACUUAGACAUUGUUGAGAUCAUGCUGAGGAAAUACCCAUUCUUACCAAGAAUUAGAGAUGGAAAUGGUCUCACUCCUCUUCAUUCUGCUGCUUUACAAGGAAGAAAUAAGAUGACAUUAUUUCUAUAUGAUAAGACUAUAGCUGUAUUUGAAGAAGAGGAUUGGAAGAAGUUGUUCCUCACUUUAAUCAACACAGGCAUCUAUGAUGUAGCUUUGAAAAUGUUAAAUGAUAUGGAAACACUAGCCUUAGCGGAGAAUGAAAAUGGUGAGACUGGUUUGCAUGUCUUGGCAAAGAAGCCCUUAAAUUUGAGCUAUCGUAAUCAAGAAUAUCAAAACCAGCUCAUGAGAUCAGGUUUAAAGCAGACUUUAAUUCUUGAACUUGUUCGUCGUCUUUGGCAAGGAAUUUACGAAUUAACAAAGUCGGUGAUAGAAGUGAGGAAAAUCAUAAACUACCCAUCACAACUACUUUUUGAUGCUACUGUGAUUGGGAAUUAUGAUUUCAUAGCUGAACUUAUAAGCUCUUAUCCUGAUUUGAUAUGGGAGUUGGAUGAUAGAUAUCGAAGUAUAAUUCACAUUGCAGUUUUGCAUCGCCAUGCUGCCAUUUUCAAUCUUAUCCAUGAUAUUGGUUCAAACAAGGAUCUUAUAGUGACAUUUAUCGAUGAAAGUGAUGGAAACAAUUUAUUACAUAUGGCGGCAAAAUUAGGUCCGCGUCAUCAACUUGAGUUGGUCUCAUCAGGAGCAACUUUUCAAAUGAGACAUGAAUUAUUAUGGUUUAAGGAGGUGAAGAAGGUAAUGCUACCAGGAUACAUUAAUAAGAAAAACUUUGAUGGCAUAACUCCUAGUGAGUUGUUUACUAUGGAGCAUGCUGGAUUACGAAAAGAGGCAGAAUGUUGGAUGAAAGGGACAGCUAAGUCAUGCAUGCUUGUUUCAACUGUCAUCACUACUGGAGUUUUUUCUGCAGCAAUCAACUUACCAGGUGGCAAUAAUGAUGAUACAGGAACUCCUAAUUACUUGAACACACUAGCAUUUUUGAUAUUUGCAAUAUCAGAUGCUAUUGCACUUAUUUCAUCUUCAAUUUCUAUAUUAGCCUUUUUGUCUAUCCUUGUGUCACGUUAUGCAGAGCGUGAUUUUUAUAAGUCUUUGCCCUCAAAGUUGAUAUUAGGAUUGGUAAGUCUCUUCAUAUCCAUAACAAGCAUGAUGAUAACAUUCAGCAGUAGCUUCUUCAUAACAUAUUACCAUGGCACAAAGUGGGUUCCCUGCUUCAUUUUAGUCCUUUCUUUUUUACCAACACUCAUAUUUGUAGGUUUGCAAUAUCAACUUUUGUCUGAUAUCAUUUACUCAAUGUAUCAUCUAAGAGUUGUAUUUCAACGUACUAGACAUAUGCUUUGCUAG